AUGGCAGUCUAUGGACCAAAACAAGGAAAAGAUGUUCAAUCUACUCGUAUAGCAAAUCGUCCACGUCUUGUUUUUGAUGAACAACAUAAAUUUCGUAUUAAAAAUAAUCGUUCACUUUCACAUUUACAAGAAACUCGUGAUUUUUCAGCAUGUAAUGCUUGUUCAAUAGAAGCUGAUCGACGACGACAACAAACAUUUGAUCGACCACAAUCUUCUUGUAGUCGACAUGAAGUUAUUUCACCACCACCAAUACCUGAACAACGACCAUCAACAGCAGCAAAAACAAAACCUUCUCGUUCAACACUAACAUCAACUGAUUUAGAACGAUUAAGUCGACCAAAAUCAGUUCCACCUGAACGAUUAUCAAAUAAUUGUAAUUGGAGUAAUUUUAUUAAGAAAAGAAGCAAAUAUGCUAUUAAAACGCCUUAUGGUCUAUGUGAUUUAACACAUGGUAAUGAAAAUUUAGAAAAUCGUCCACCUUUUGUUAAUUAUGGUGGACGUUAUAGUGAUAAACAACAUGGACAAAAACGAACCUUUAAUUCAUUAGCAGUACAUCAACUUAAACAUCAUGAACAUGAAGAACAACGUUUAGCAGAUGUACUUCGUGAAAGACGUCUUCGUCUUCAAGCAGAAAAUUAUUUUCGUGAAACAGAAGAACGUCAUGCUCAGGCACAAGAUUUACAUGAUCGUGCAGCACGUUCUUCAACUGAAUAUCGUGAUAAUUAUCGACCACCACCAAAUUAUAAUGUAGAACAAACAUUUAAUCGACCUUAA